GAUCUGAUUUCGUCUCAUCGUACGUCUGAUCAGAAUUGUCACUUCAUAAACUGUGAGAAGUAUUUUUCCAGAUAAUUUGGACUUGAGAGUCGUACUAAGAUGGCCGAGUCUAUUCUGCUACUUCGUGUUAUCAAGACAAUCGUAGGAUUCCUGGGGAUCUUCGGCAACGCCUUGGUGUGCUUUGUCGUCUUCAAGACCAAAGCAAUGCACACCACAACCAAUGCGUUCAUCUUCAACCAAGCCGUGAUUGAUUUCAUGGGUUCGACCAUGCUACUCCUGGGCAGUAACAUCCCAAUCCCGGUCCCUAUGCCUGCCGGGCUGCCGGGUGAUCUCCUCUGCAAACUCUGGGUCUCCGAUUUCUUUCUCUGGGCGUUUCUGACCGUCUCCACCAUCAACUUGGUUUUCCUGACAUUCGAGAGGUACUUCGCCAUCGUGUUUCCCUUCCGGUAUCCGAUUUACUACUCCCGCAAUAAGGUGGUGGUGAUGAUGACGCUUACUUGGUGUUUGGGCGUCUUCAGCAGCUGUUACAACAUCGUCAUCUACGCCAACAUAGAGGGUAACUGUGUGUCUCUUACAAUCCCUGGCGCCCAAGCUGUUGGCGUCAUUAUAUUCUUCUUGCAGUACCUCAUCCCCGUGGUGGCAAUACUUCUCGCUUACGUCCACAUCACUGUGGUUCUGAAGCGAGGGGCGGACCGAGUAGGCCCACAACCCACCGGUCAGUCAGUGGUGGAGGCACUAGACGCAUCUCUCCUUCGCGCCCGUCGCAAUACCUUCAAGACGCUUCUGAUCGUCUUCAUCACCUACGUCGUCUGCUGGACUAUGAACUCCAUCAUUUUCUUCAUGUUCAACUUCGGCUAUCCGCUGGACUUCAACGGAGCGCUGUACAUCGUCUCGGUGGCCCUGGUAGCUAUCAAUUCCUGCGCCAACCCGGUCAUCUACGCCGUCAAGUACCGGCAGUUCAGGCAAGGAUUCAAGAAAAUCUUCUUGCGGAAGGAAACCAACGUUCUCAACAGCGAUGCGGCAAGACCAGUGACUGUUUCAUAGGGACGUUUAUGGGAUGACCUUAUUUUGAACGAGUAAAUGAACACAAAACUAUUGAUGCUGUGUCAAGGAUAUAACAAAAAAUGAUAAUGGAGGCGUAAUAAGUUUGAUUAUUUUUAAAGAAUUUUGAAAGAAGCGUUCGACUCUUUCGUGUGAUAUAUAAUUGGAGUCUACAAAUGUAAAAAAAAAAAACCACACACACCGGACAUUUUGUGGUGUUUACUUCAUGAAAUAAUCCAUUUCGAUCGCUGUUGUUCAUUUUGUUAUUCGUGACAUCUUUCGUAACUUUGGACGAAAACGAUGUUUUCCCUAAUUGGAUGCCGUAAAGGACGCUUGAUCUACAAUUGUAUGGGCUUUUAGAACGCACAAAACACAACAGUGUAGAUGCACAGACGUGUAUUAGGCCAAUUCGUCGCUAGAAUGUCGCAAAAAAACAUAUAAUACCAUGGUGAUGUUAGUCUAUACUUAAGAACAAGACAAUGACAUGUUUGUAUUUUUCUAAACCCUUACUCGCUGUGGCUUCGUGACGCCAAUUCAGUUUGUAUGAGCCUGGUCAGUGGAAUCUUAUGUGAAAUAUACUGGGGCCAUAAUAAAGGUUAAAA